AUGGCUGCGGCACAGCCUGAAUGGCGCGCUCCUCCAGCACCAAGCGCAGAAGUCCAGGCGCGAUUGCCCAAGCUGAGCGUAUACAACUCGUUGACCAGAACAAAGACUCCAUUUAUUCCGCUCGAUAAAAGUGGGAAGAAGGUGGGCUGGUAUGCCUGCGGUCCGACUGUAUAUGAUGAUUCGCAUUUGGGACAUGCGCGAAACUAUGUCUCACAAGACAUUAUUCGUCGCAUAAUGUCAGACUACCUGGGGUUUCACAUCAACUUUGUCAUGAACAUUACCGACGUGGAUGACAAGAUCAUUCUGGCCGCUCGAGAACAGUAUCUGUUGGCCGAGUUUCUCCAAGGGCGGAAAGAGGUCGACGAUGAGCUUAGACAAACGACCAGCGAAGCACUGAAAGAGUAUGCGAGCAAAAAGGUUCCAAAACUAGAAUCAUAUUUGCCAGAGUCGAGCCACGCAGAUGAUGCUGCUGUCGCCAAAUACACACAGGGCGAGCGCACGGCAUACCAGAAUGUGCUGGACGGCAAGAGCGAGGAUGGCCAAGGCGCGCCUGGAGACAAAGAAGCCAAGAUUAAGAUGCACCUGAAGACAGUGAAGAAUGCUGUCGAUGCACUUCACUCCUCAGAUGCAACCCUAUCAUUGUUCGUUGAAAAGGCGUCAGGCGUGUUAAGGCCGUACAUCGACCGACUGAACUCAUCGAAGGUCUCUGGCAAAGAUCACCACAUCUUCACGAAACUGACGAAGAAAUACGAGCAACGAUUUUUCGAUGACAUGAAGGCACUCAAUGUGCGAUAUCCGGACAAGCUCACCAGGGUCACAGAAUAUGGACCUCAGAUCGUGGACUUUGUGAAGCAGAUCCAAGGCAACGGAUAUGCUUAUGAAAACGAAGGCUCUGUCUACUACGACACAACCGCAUGGGAGUCGUCGGGUGGUCACUAUGCGCGACUGGAGCCUUGGAACCGUAAUGACUCAGAGCUGCAAGCAGAUGGCGAGGGUUCAUUGGCGGCGAAGAAGACUUCUUUCAAGAAGUCCGGCGCAGACUUUGCAUUGUGGAAGGCAUCGAAAGCUGGUGAGCCGAGUUGGGACUCGCCUUGGGGUGAAGGUAGACCAGGCUGGCAUAUUGAGUGCUCGGCAAUGGCAUCGGACGUGCUCGGAAAACAAUUCGACAUCCACUCUGGCGGCAUUGAUCUUGCCUUCCCGCAUCAUGAUAACGAGCUUGCACAAUCAGAAGCAUACUGGCACAAGUGCGGCGCAGAGAGCGAGCAGUGGGUCAACUACUUCCUUCAUAUGGGUCAUCUCAGUAUCUCCGGCAGCAAGAUGAGCAAGAGCUUGAAGAAUUUUACCACGAUUAAGGAGGCGCUGUCGAAAGGAGACUUUACACCGAGAUCGCUGCGAAUCAUCUAUCUGCUCGGCAACUGGAGGGACGGACUGGAGAUCACACCUGACCUGAGGAAAGCAAGUGUUGCGUGGGAGGAACGCGUGGACAAUUUUUUCCUCAAAGUGCGAGAUCUCAAAAAGAACCCAUCGAGCGAUUACAAAAAUGGAACGAACGGAACACAGCCUGAUAUCGGCCAAUUAUUGGAGGGUUCCAUGGAGAAGUUCCGAGAGGCAAUACUCGACUCUUUCGACACCCCUGCAGCAAUGAGAGUGUUGAGUGAGUUGAUCACAGCAUACAACUCUGCGCAACACGUGCCAGACGCUACAUCAGAAGCCAUUGGCGAAUGGAUCACACAAAUGGUAGUCAUGUUUGGUUUGGAUGCGAGCUACCGCAAAGGUCAGAUGGGCUGGUCCGGGAUUGACAUACCAGAAAAGGCCAAGCCAUUCAUCGAGCCUCUCUCUGAAUUACGUGACAAGGUGCGAGAGCAGGCCAUCAAAGGUCAAGUCGAGCUCGAAUCUCUCGGCAGGUUGGAGGAGAAGGACAACUUCUACAGAGCACAAGAGCAACCUUACGCCAAGGCAUAUGCAGACUUCCAAAGAAAGGUCUUUGAGCUCCACAGCAAGAGCGCACCAGCCAAAGAGUACCUUGCUGCUUGUGACGAUUUACGAGACAGCGUGCUCUGGAGCCUGGGCAUAUACCUUGAGGAUCGAGAAAAUCGCCCGGCUCUGGUGCGACCACUUUCUGAAAGCUUGAAGCAAGAGCGACAGGAGCGAGAAAGCAAGGCUGCUGAGAAGGCUGCUGCAAAGGAGAAGGCCAAAGCCGAGGCUGCUGCUAAGGAGAAGGAGCGGUUGGAGAAAGGAAAAAUUCCACCGGCUGAGCUGUUCAAGACCGAGGAGUACAAGGCAAUCUACAGCGAGUGGGAUGACAAGGGAAUGCCAACGAAAGAUAAGGAGGGCAAAGAAGUGGCAAAGAGCCAGGUCAAGAAAUUGGCUAAAGCUUACGAAAACCAGAAGAAGCUGCAUGAGGCGUGGCUGGCGGCUCAGAAGUAAGAAAAGAGGAGAAGCGAUGAUGCACG